AUGUUCAAGUUCGGUGCUCUCGUUACUCUCACCCUGGCCGCCGUGGCCCAGGCUAAGCUUUACUCGAACACGAGCGAGUCGAACCACACUUGUGCGCUCCAGAAGCCUAUUGUGUCGUGCUCGGCUGCUGCUCUUGACCUGGCCAACAUCGACACUUGCUGCCAGGAGACGUACGGUGGCCUUGUCCUCUCCACCCAGUUCUGGGAUACCUACACUGGCCGCGAAAAGGAGGGCCAGAUCCUUCCCAAGAACCACUGGACACUGCACGGUCUCUGGCCCGACCUUUGCAACGGCAACUACACGCAGUACUGCGACUUUGACCGCCAGUAUGACCCUGAGCCUUCCCCUCCCGUUGUGAACGGCAAGACGGUGCCGAAGUACAACGGCCCUGGUGUGGACAAGUUCGUGGAGAACUUCGGCCGUUACGACCUCCUCAAGUGGAUGAAGACCUUCUGGGUGUCGCAGGGCCAGAGCAACGAGGCUUUCUGGGCCCACGAGUUUAGCAAGCACGGUACUUGCUACAGCACCUUUGACACUCCUUGCUACGGUAAGCACUACCAGAAGCACGAGGACGUCGUUGAGUUUUUCGAGACUGCCGCCAUGUACUACAACCGCCUGCCUACCUACAAGUGGCUCAAGGAUGCUGGUAUUGAGCCGAGCAACAAGACCACGUACUCGCUUAGCGACAUUCAGUCUGCCCUCAAGAAGCAUUACGGUGCCACUCCUUACAUCGGUUGCAGCGGCCCGCGUUACAACGAGACUUCCAAGAACAGCACCGACCACGGCAGCACUGUGCUGAGCGAGGUCUGGUACUUCAGCCACGUCAAGGGUCGCCCGCAGGAGGGCAACGCCGUCCACAUCGACUCGACCACCAACUCGACUUGUGCGAAGGCCGACGGUGCGAUUAAGUACUACGAGCGCACUCCUUCGAGCGAGAAGUCUGUGAGCAACUAA